UCCCGUCGCCAGUCUUAUUGAUCAGCGAGGGACGGGGGUGACGCCGCUCCUCCUGCUCCCCGUGAUUCGAGUGGCGGCGGUGUUGCUCUCCCAGGCUCACACAGACACUCUCGGAUGCCUCCCCGCCCUGGCCCUCUCCCUCCAGCUUCCUGUUCCCUAUCUACGCGGCCCUCACACCACUAGAACCUUCCGACCUUCCUGCUGGUGGAGAUAAGCUGAUAGUGGAUACGUGGACCAGACUAAAGGGCCAUAUCACCAGGCAGAGAUAGAGAUGCUCCCAGUGGCGUGAGAGAGAGGAGGCGGGAAAGGCGUGCGUCGUGUGCUCCAGUGAAGGGUGUGAGGAUAAACCGAUAGUGGAUGCGUGGGGUAGAUUAACAAGGGCCAUCAUAUCAUUGGACGUUCAGAGAGAUGCUCCCAGUGGCGUGAGGAAGACGAGGCGGGAAAGGUGGUCUCGUCCUCGUGUGUUCCAGCGAAGAGCGUGAAAAGAAAGAGUCGAGGUGGGUGUGUGGCAUCCUGAAGAGGGCGAUGGUGCUGAUGAGGGUGAAGGGGCGGAGGCUGACGGCGGGGGUGCUGCUGCUGGUGGCGUCCCUGGGCGUGUAUCAUCUCGUCUCCAUCUCCCUGGCCGAGACGAGCGACAGGGUGAUCCUAAGAUGGAAUAUGGAACGGAACAUCUUAAAAUCAGCUUCCAUCAAGAGCCCGACGCACCUCGCCUGCCAGCACCCCGACCUUGAAGUGACCAACCCGGAGAUCUUUAAGUUCUUCCACCAGAUGGACCCUUUGGUGUGCGGGGAGGAGCCGGAGUGGGUGGCGGUUAGGGGCUCGGUGGCCGCCAUCACUGAGGACGCGAAGGCCAAGCACGGGGACAUAGAGUGCGCCUUCACGGAGGUGCUGAGGGACGGGGACGACCACGUAAAGCGCGGGUUCACCACCACCACGCACGAUACCUUCACCUUCACCAACACCGACUUCUACAGCGUCUCCUGCACCGCCCAGGAUGGCAAGACCUGGGAGAACACGAUAGCGGGGAUCCGUGAGGCGGCAGAGGAGGUGAAGGACAACACGGGCUGGGACAAACUACCUCAGGACGCGCUUCACCUCAACUACAUCAUGAUCGGCUUUGACUCCCUCUCACGCAACACCUUUAUCCGCACGCUACCUCGCUCCUACGACUUCCUGACCAAGACGCUCGGGGCCCACGUUAUGCAGGGCUACAACAUUGUGGGGGACGGAACGCCUCAACAGCUCAUCCCUAUACUGACGGGUAAGACGGAGUUGGAGUUACCUGAGACGCGGCGCAGGAUGGGGAACCGCGCCCAGUUUGUCAAUGUGUUUCCCUUCGUGUGGGACGACUUCAAAAAGAACGGCUACGUCACCUUGUUCGCGGAAGACGCCCCACACAUCGGCACCUUCCAGUACAGGCUCCGGGGGUUCGAUUCCCCGCCCACACACCACUACAUGCGGCCCUUCUACGUCAAGACCUACCCCGAGUACAAGAACCACCCCAAACUCUGCCUCAGGAACACGCCAAGACAUAAGGUGAUGCUGGACUACCUGCACCAGUUCAUGACGGUUCACAAGGAGCGGCCCAAAUUCGCCUUCGCCUUCCACGCCGAGCUAAGCCACGACGACUUCAACCUCAUCUCCCUCGCCGACGACGACCUCCACGCCUUCCUCACGCGGCUCCGGGACGACCACCACCUCAACAACACGGUGCUGGUGGUGAUGAGCGACCACGGCCACAGGUUCUCCAGCAUCAGGAGCACGCAGCAGGGUAAGCAGGAGGAGCGGCUGCCCUUCCUGGCCCUGGCGCUGCCCCCGUCCUUCGCCGAGACCUUCCCCUCCGCCGCCGACAACGUGAGGAUGAACAUUCACCGCCUCACCACGCCCUUCGACGUGUACCCGACGAUGCAGGACGUGCUACACUUCCCCGGGGCGCGGCUCGGCCAGGUCACCUCCAGGGGCAUCUCUCUCUUCAGCCAGGUCCCCGCGGCCAGGACUUGCGCGGACGCCUACGUUGAACCCCACUGGUGUGCGUGCCUGAGCUGGGAGCCGAUCAACGUGGAGGAGGACAUGGUGAAGCGCGCCGCCCAUGCCCUGCUGCACUAUAUCAACACCUACACGGCUCCGCACCGCUCCCUCUGUCAGCAGCUCUCCCUCGUGCAGAUCCUUUGGGCCGGCAAGAUGCUCCCCAGUGAAGGUCUGUUGCGCUUCAAGAAGAACAUGGACGUGGACGGGUUUUUGCCGGACUUAACGGACGGCACGGCGGUGAGCGAGGUGGUGUACCAGGUCACGCUCACCGCCUCGCCGGGCCUGGGACGCUUCGAGGCCUCGCUCACCUACUCCAUCAAGCUAGACACUUUCUCCGUCAAGAUGGAUGACGUGAGCCGCACCAACAAGUAUCGGGACCAGGCUUACUGUGUUGAGCGGCGCGUGCUGGACCACCUCAGGAAGUUCUGCUACUGCCGCGAGCCCCCCCCGGAGCCGCAGGACACCUAGGACCUGCCGGACGCUGAGGGACGCCUCCGCAGGGCCCCUCAGUCCCAGGAUGACGCAGUGGUUCUCCGUCACCGCCGCCGCCGCCGCCACCGUCGAAGAGAGGAGGAGUCGGAGUCUCACCCACUGCAUGACCUUGGCCUCUGAAGGGAAGGGGAAAGGGGAAGGAAGUGUAGAGGAAUAGGGAAGGGAAGGAAGGGACCGAAGGGAAGGAAGGAAGGGAAGGAAGGGGAAAGGGAUGGGAAGGAAGGGGAGAAUAGAGGAAGGGGAUGUAGGUAGGGGAGGAAGGAAAUGAAAGGAGGGGAAGGGGAUGUAGGUUAAGGGAUAAGAGAGAAAGGGAAGGGGUUAGAGUGUAAAGGGGAAGAAGGGUGAAGGGGUAAGAGGAAGGAAGGAAGUGAAGGGAAUGGGUUAGACAGGAAAGGGGAAGAGGGAUGAAGGGGAAAGGAUGAACAAGAGGAAAGGAAGGGGUUAGAAAUGGGAGGUAAAAGAGAAAGAGAACAGAAGAAGAAGGAGAAUGGGGGAGAGGGAAGGGGAAGUAGAAGGCAUAGAAAGGGAAGAAGGAGGGAAGAAUAAGGAAGAGGAAACAUAAGGAGAAGGGAAUAAGAAGAGAAAGAAGAAAGAGGAAGUAGAUGGUGAAGGAAGGGGAGAAGGAAGGAAAGAGAAGAAAGAGGGAAGAGGCAAGGAAAGAAGGAAGAAGAUAGUUAAACGUGUAUAUGUGUGUGUAGAUAGGUGGAGGGGGAUAGAGGAGGGAAGGAAGGAGGAGUAGACAGGAAA